CCUCCCGUCCCUCUCUCUCUCUCUCUCUCUCUCUCUCUCUCUCUCUCUCUCUCUCUCUCUCUCUCCCUCUCUUCCUCCUCCAGCCGGUAAAUCCGAUCCAGGCGGAUUCUUCUCACGUCAAACCACAUGAUCCCAUAAAACAUUCAUCCCCUCUCCAGCCCGGCUAGGAGCCCGCAUCCAUCGCCGCGCGUCCCCGCCCGCCCGCCCGCCGCGCCCGGCCCCAGCCCCCGCUCACCUGGACACUCGAGCCACCCACCAAGAGACGGACAGGAAGUCCGACGAGCACAUAGACCGACGGACCCCCCUCCCCCUGCGUCUCCCCUGGGAAGCGGGAGCGGAGCUUCGGCCGCGACUCGGCCAGGGCUGAGGGUCACUGCGCCCCCUCCCCUCCUCUCCCUCCCCUUCAUCCCUCGGUGCCUCCAUCCUUUCCUUGCUCGCUGCAUCCCUCUCUGCAUCCCUCUUCCGUUCCCUCGGUCCCUCCGUGCCUUCCUCUUUCCCUCCCGCCGCGGGAGCAGGCCGCCGGAGCCGGAGCCUGGAUGCGGACCCCCGGCCCGGGGCGGCUGCGCCUCCUUCGCCCGCCCAGUGGCCCCCGCGGGCCCCCACGUGCCCGGCGCCGGGCCCCCGCAGCGGCCGGACGGACGGACCUUCUGCCCCAGCCGCGCCGCCGCCCCGGCCCUAAGAUGAAGAGGGCGUUUGCCGGAGGAAGCAAACUGCUGAUUUGGAUCCUCUGCUUGAACAUUCAGUCCCGAGCAGAUCCGUGCCCCGGGGCCUGCGUGUGCUACAGCGAGCCCAAAAUCACCACCAGCUGCCAGCAGCAGGGCCUGACCGCCAUCUCCCCGCCGCCAUUCGCCUCUCAGAGCCAGCGCAUCUUCCUUCACAACAACCGCAUCACCCGGGUCGGCGCCGCCAGCUUCCGCUCGUGCCGCAACCUGACCAUCCUCUGGCUCCAUUCCAACGCCAUCAGCGUCAUCGAAGCCACCGCCUUCGCCGGCCUCGCAAGCUGGAGUGAGCUGGACGUCAGCGACAACAUCAACUUGCGCGCCAUCGCCCCGGCCACGUUCAGGGGCCUCCGGCGCCUGCACACCCUGCGCCUGGACCGCUGCGGCCUCUUGGCGCUGUCCCCGGGCCUCUUCGGGGGCCUCUUCUCCCUGCAGUACCUCUAUCUCCAGGACAACAACCUCCAGGUGCUCCCGGAUGACACCUUCCAGGACCUCGCCAACCUCACCUACCUGUUCCUGCACGGCAACGGGAUCCGGAACCUGUCGGAGAACGUCUUCAGAGGCUUGGUCAGCCUGGAUCGUCUCCUCGUGCACCAGAACCAGGUCUCCCGCGUGCACCCCCGGGCCUUCCACGACCUGGGGAAAGUCAUGACCUUGUACUUGUUCAAUAAUAACCUGACGGUGCUUGCGGGAGAGACGAUGGGCCCGCUGGCGUCCCUGCAGUACCUGCGUCUGAACGGCAACCCGUGGAUCUGUGACUGCCGGGCCAAGUCCUUGUGGAGCUGGUUCAAACAGUUUAAGGGGUCCUCCUCGGACCUCGAAUGCCAUCUGCCUCUGCGCCUGGCUGGGAAAGACCUUAAAAGGCUCCACAGCGCCGACCUAGAGGGCUGCGUCGACCCUGUCAACCAGGUGCGCUCGGGGUCGAAGAUCCGACACGGCAAAGGACCCACCGUGGAACCUCUCCCCGCCGGGCCCCCGGACGGCCCUCUGAAAUGCUGUCAGCCCGAGGUCGACAAGUCUUUCAUGUAUGAAGCCACCGGUUACGGGGGACCCCAGUACGGCGGACUUCCCACUGGCAAUGGCCGCAAGGACAAGGAGAACAUGUCCAAACCCAAGAUGGCAGAGUCUGACCCUGCCAAAAACGCUAGCCAGAAGCACAUUAAUGACUCGCCCUUUGGGACCUUCCCCAGCAACGUGGAGGUCCCUCUGACCAACUUCCAGCCUGACCUCCUAGAGCCCGGGGAGUCCUCCGUGGCCCCGCCUCGCCGGAGGCCUGGCUGCUCCCGAAAGAACCGGACCAAGGCCCAGUGCCGUCUGGGCCCCACAGGCAGCAGCGGCAGCGGGGGUGGCGGUAGCAGCAGCGGCGGCAGCAGCGGCGGCAGCAGCGGCGGCGGUGGCCUCCUUGCACCUGCUCAGGCCGGCCUGGCCGUUGUCUUGGGCUGCUCUCCCAGUGGUCCUGCUCUGGACUUCGCCUGUGGUCCUGCUAAAGGUUCCUAGGGAAGGAUCGCACCUG